UCGAGAGCUGUCUCUGCCUACAGUCCUCAAACACAGCACUGCAGCGCCUGUUCAUCUCACUGAUGGAUUAACCCGGAGCUCUGGUGCUAUUCACAAACAGGCUGAGCAGCUGGACCGAACAAUGACCAUGCGGUGGCUCCUGAAGGUUUUGAUCCUUACUCUGGCCCUGUCGAGCCCAACCAGAUGCCAGAACAGAAGGAGGAAAGGACAGAGAGAUGAUAACCAGGUCAUCGUCAGUGAGGCCAAAACCCUCAUCUGCCCAGUGGAGAUCAUGUUCAUCGUGGACAGCUCAGAAAAAGCCAAAUCUCUGCUGUUUGAGCGUCAGAAGGACUUCAUCCUGCGCUUCAGCACCAAGCUCAUGAAGCUCCACUCGGCCGGCUGGCGUCUGCGUCUGCGCCUGGCCGCUCUGCAGUACAGCAGCACUGUGUCAGUGGAGCACAACUUCAGAGACUGGCAGGACCUGGACGUCUUCCAGAGCCGGGUGGCCUCCAUGACCUUCAUCGGCCACGGCACCUACUCCGCCUACGCCAUCACCAACGCCACCCAGAUUUUUGGCCGAGAGACGUCCUCCAACAGUCUGAGGGUGGCACUGUUGAUGACGGAUGGGACGGACCACCCGCGCAGCCCCAGCGCUGUGACGGCUGCUGCUGAGGCCAAACAGCAGAACAUCAGGGUGUUCACCAUCAGGCUGUCGGAGGUGCCCAGGGACGGUCCCAUGAAUACAAAACUGAGAUCCAUUGCCAGCGCCCCCCCACAGCAGCAUGUCCUCAGCCUCGCCGACAGCCAGCUGGAUGACAAACUCUUCAAUGAACUGAACACAAUUGUCAGAACUGGGUGCCCACAGCCAAAGACCUGUCUGUGUGAGAGGGGGGAGAGAGGUCACCCUGGCAGCCCGGGGAAACCAGGCGAGCCAGGGUCUGAUGGAGCUCCAGGUCCAAAGGGAUCUCGCGGGGAACCUGGCAUUAAUGGACGUCCAGGGAUGGAGGGCCUUGAGGGUCGACCUGGCAGCAAAGGGGAAAAGGGAGAACUGGGUGAAUGUGGUGUCCCCGGUAAAAAGGGAGAACAAGGUGCAGGUGGGCCUCCUGGCCCCAGAGGAACCAGAGGAGAGCAGGGAUCCAGGGGAGUAUCUGGAGACCAGGGUCCAGAGGGGACACCUGGAUCUAAAGGUGACCGAGGUCUGAGGGGUGCACCUGGACCUCCAGGAGAUAACGGCAUUGGGUUCCCUGGUCCCAAGGGUGACAAGGGGAACCAGGGAAGACCAGGCCCCCCUGGACCGAUGGGUAUGGGUGAACCAGGGACACUGGGUCCAGCAGGGCCACCAGGGAUGCAAGGAUCACCAGGGUUUCCAGGUGAGGGUCUGCCAGGGCCCAAGGGCGACAGAGGGUACGAGGGUCCCAAAGGGAGCCGUGGACCUCCAGGAGUCGGGUACAAAGGUGAUAAGGGGAACACAGGGGCCCCGGGGCUGCCGGGCUUGGUGGGGUUUCCAGGGGCAGGCGUGCAAGGAGAAAAGGGGGACCAAGGGCCAGCUGGGCCCUCUGGACCCAGAGGACCUCCUGGCCUGGGUAUAGUUGGACAAAAGGGUGACCAGGGUUUCCCCGGAGAGCCUGGACCUCAGGGCGAGAGGGGUGUUGGUGAGCCAGGACCAAAGGGGGAGCCAGGGCCUGAUGGAGCUGCUGGGAUACCUGGGAUUCCUGGUGAGGAUGGAGCUGUUGGGCCUAAGGGAGAGAUGGGAUUGCCAGGUCUGCGAGGCCUAGAGGGAGCACCGGGGAAAGGCAUUCCUGGAGAAAAGGGCGAUAGAGGCGACCGUGGACCAAGGGGACUAUCAGGAUCUCCUGGCCCUGUUGGACCUGCUGGAGCGAAGGGAGAGCCUGGGAGUCAAGGAAUGAUGGGCCUACCUGGACCUGCUGGGCGUGGCUUACCAGGGUCAAAGGGAGAUCCUGGGCCUGUGGGAACAUCUGGACCUGUUGGAGAACCUGGAGUAGGAAUCAUCGGGCCGAAGGGUAACAAAGGAAACACUGGACCUGUUGGACCACCAGGAGUGAAGGGAGAGGGCAUCCCAGGCCCACAGGGGCUGCCUGGGUUACCAGGAAUGCAAGGAGAGAUCGGACCUGAAGGGAAAGGACUACCUGGACCUAAGGGUGACAGAGGUUUGCCGGGCGUGCCAGGGCCAUCAGGUCCUCCUGGAAUUGGACUUUACGGACCCAAGGGCUCUACAGGGCAGCCUGGUCCAGUAGGCCCACUGGGGCCUCCAGGAGAAGGCAUCCAGGGACCAAAGGGAGAGCCUGGGUUUCAGGGGCCAAUGGGCCCUCGGGGGGCACCAGGGGACGGUCUUCCAGGAGAGAAGGGUGACAGAGGCAUUCCUGGAGACCGGGGAAAGAAAGGAGACAAGGGAGACUAUGGAGAACCUGGAUCUACUGGAAAGAUGGGGAGACCUGGAGAAAAGGGAGAGCCAGGACUGACAAAAGAAGAGGUCAUCAGGAUUAUAAGAGAAAUCUGUGGCUGUGGUCUCAAGUGCAGAGAGAGCCCUCUGGAGCUGGUGUUUGUGAUAGACAGCUCUGAGAGUGUAGGGCCAGAAAACUUUGAGCUGGUGAAGGACUUUGUGAACGCUCUUAUCGACCGGGUGUCAGUGAGCAGAGAUGCCAGUCGGGUCGGCGUGGUGCUCUACAGCCACGUGGACAUGGUCGUUGUCAGUCUGCAGCAGCAGCCCAGCCAGGAUUACAUCAAGGCCGCCGUGAGGAAGAUGCCGUACCUUGGCGAGGGCACCUUCACAGGCAGCGCUAUCCAUCGAGCCAACCAGCUGUUCCAGGCGUCGCGGCCCGGUGUCAGGAAAGUGGCUGUGGUUUUAACAGACGGGCAGGCCGACCCCCGUGACGUCAUGCAGUUUGAACAGACAGCAACAGAGGCCCACGCGCAGGGGAUCGAGAUGUUUGUAAUAGGCGUCGGGAACAAGACUGACCCUCUGUAUGAAGCGUUCCAGGCUCAGAUGGAUGUGAUCGCCUCUGAUCCUGAUGAAGAGCACGUCUACCUCAUAGAUGACUUCAGGGCACUUCCCACUCUGGAAGGCAGAAUACUGAGUCAGAUUUGUGAGCAGGUCGACACAAUGGCAUAUCUUCCGAACUCUGUCUUUCCACCUGUGGAAAUCCAACCCGAGUCUCCAGACGGGAGCCGCUCCAAAGAAUUCCCAGAUGAGGAAAACAUACAAGUUGAGCUCCCAGUGGAGACACUAACAGUCCCGACCCCACAGUCCCAAGAGUUAGGUCCUGCCGACAAGAACCUGGUUGACACCAAACUGUUGGUGGAACCCUGGAACGAGCUGCCGGACAUCACAUUUGCCUCCCCUGGUGGCAGGGGGCCGCAGGGCCCCGGGUUGACCUCUGUGAUGGGUCCUCACACUCCGACCGACUGGCUGUAUGAGGCUGAGAGCACUCAGGCUCCUGUCAGCCCUCCCCCUCCCCCCCUGACAGACUCAUCACUGCCAGACGAGGGGUGCCGUCAGCCUCUGGACCCAGGUCCCUGUCGACAGUACGUGGUCAGGUGGUACUACGACCCCGAGGCCAACGCCUGCGCCCAGUUCUGGUACGGAGGCUGUCAGGGCAACACAAACAACUUUGAGUCAGAAGCCAGCUGCCGGAAUUCCUGCGUCUACACGUAACAAACUGUGUUUGGAGACGAGGGCAUGUGCAAAGCUAACAUGCUCAAUCACUGUCACCGAGGAACAGAGCGGACUGAUGAUGCAGGUUAGCAGCUGCUGCUGCGGCCACACACACACUGUGGAUUGCUGCGGGUGAAGGAGACGAUGGAGAGCAGACUUGGACCUCCUCACUGUCUCUCAGGCUACGUUCACACUGCAGGUGCUCCUGCUCAAUUUUUAACUGCUGCACAUGUACAAGCUGUCGGGUUAUCUUGGACAACUACUUCUAUCUGCUCUGGGAUUCAUAUCUGAAUAUAUAACUAAUAACCAAUACAAGCUGACAGGAGCAUCGGAAAGACUGAUUCAACAUCUCAUCCCAAAUCAUUUCAUUUUCACUUUAGUUGACCUCCAGGCUAACACUCGAUAUAAUAAUUCCUCUUUAAGCAGGUAUCACACAGUGACUUCAGCUUAGUCUGUUUGGGUUUUACAAUACAUCCGAGAGCAAGUUCUUAAUCGCAAGUCACCCCAUUCACAUUCUUCAGUACCAUGCUAUUAUAUGACAUGAGACAAGCCAAAAAGGGGAUUACACAAUAAACUCUAGUCACACAACUUGAAUAAAAAAGCUGCAGAAAAUGAGGACUAUCCAAAUAUCAAAGUAAUACUAAGGCCGUAAAUACAUGUGGGAAUGAUUAAACAUUCACAGAGUGCAGAGUGGACAACACAUAAACAGAAAAUUGUACAUUUUGAUGCGCUUUUUUUCUCAUUAUUAACAGACCUAUGAAUAUAUGAUACAAGACUGACGAAAAUAUUUUUACACCUGAUGUGGACUAUUCGAGCAAAAUAUCAGAUUUAGAAUCAGCCGCGAGCUAGUCAACAGUGUACGCCAUUCAUUAGUUUAGUCAAGUAUCUCAAUCUGUUUUAAACCUCUAAACAAAUGAUUCUUCUGUUUGACAUUUAUGUAAUAUUAAUAAUAUCAAAUUUUUAAAUAAAUAAUUAAUGAUUAUAAUAUAAUUACCACAGAACACCAAAAUGAUUUACUGUUCUGUCACAGCGUCUCAAAUGCUCUUUAUUAGUCAUUUUUUGAGGACAAUUGACUUCCAGUGAUCUGCUGAUCUAAAGUUAUGCCACCCAUACAUGAGAAGACUUUGAAAAGACUUUAAAAACAUUUACGUCUUACACCAUCUCACGUCUAAAGACAACGUUAGUGUUUAGUCAAACACUGGGGAUCUUGCAGUGUCACUAUUUACAAGACUACAACUAAAUUCCUUUUGAGAUUAUUUCCCAUCCUGCUCCUGCUGGAAAUUCAACGCCAAACUCCCUUAAAGAAAUAUGACAUAUUAACAAUUCCUAAAGUGUCCGAAAAGUGUCAUUGAAGUUCAGCUUUUGUACCAGCCAAGGCUAAAAACUUAAGAUAAUAUUAAACAUGUUUGAUUUAGGAAUGUUAAGACAAAAAAAAAGACUAACCCUGACCGAGUUUUAUGACCGCCUUAUAUCAAAUGAUUGAGAUCACAGGAGAGCACCAACUGAGAGACUCUCAUGAUUUUAAUCCAACAUCAGAAAUUUGUCUGCUACAGUGAAAUCUCUUGAAAAGUUGUUUCAUGUAAGGGUGGCAUCAACUGUGCAGCAUUGGUUCCCUGGUUAAGACUUCAAAUCAGAGAUAGCUCACCUCGUGAAACAGGCCCCAGGACACCUCGUGUGUUUUAAUCAUUUACCCGAGCAUAUGUUCUAUGCAGCAGGAAAAAUAUCUCAAGUUAACUGACUUACUGAUUUCAGGCUACUUUUUUCCUAAUGAUUCUCUAUUAGACACAGAAAGCAUGGAAAGAAUAAGGAGUUCUUAAAACAGCAGUCAUACCAUUUUAAUCAAUAUUAUUAAAGGCUCUGUACGUGACAUUCAGAGCAUUAAAAAAGCAGCAAACCAUUAUUUGCUAUGUGAAGAUAUUGUGUUGAAAUCCGGGCUUCUCUGUGGUUUGCUGUGGGAAGCUGCUCCAGCUGUGUGUGCAUGUGUGUAUCCCACUGGCUAGCUCACUGCCACAGCUUUGAACUGCGCACAUACAGUGGUGACUGCUGAUAUCAGGACGGCGCCAUCGCAGAGGCGUAGCGCCCACCCUCUGGUUCCCCCCUGGUUAACAUCUUUAGCUCUGUCAGCACUGUUGCUGUUGUUUAGCGCUGUUUAUAGAGUUAGCGCUGUUAGCUGCUAGCUGUCGCCCCUUUAACGGUUUAAUGUCAAAUUAUUUGGACAGAACUUCGUGAUUCAAUCAAAUGCAAAAGGAGACGUGUGUGUUUAAAAUCGUUUGUUGAGAAGAAAACCAGGCAAACAAGCACAAUCAUCCGUAGCUAACGUAACGGCUCAGCUAAUCCUAAAUAUAAAAGCCUCUCUGUUCUCCUUCAUUGUCCGAGUUACCCUGUUGAACCCAUCGUCAUCACUCAGCGCGGUCGGGUUAGCCAAACCGGCUCUACUUCUUCCAUCAUCACACUGACCUCAACAGUGACACAAACUCACAGUCAGCACACUCUGUUCGAUGCAGCUUGGCAGGACUUGCAGUUGUGGACAGACAACACAGUAUGGAUAUUUCGUUUGUUACUAUGACUACCAACAUAUCAAUUAUUCACAGUUAUGUCUACAUCUGGUCGGUUCAACUGUAUAUUUCAUUAAGAAGUAUGUCAUGACAAUAUUACUAUAUGAAAACAGCACAGAGCAAAACAUGAGAAUUGAGGCACUUUCACCUGCAAUGUGAAUAUAGUUUCUGUAUAUUACUGUUGUAACAAAUGUAGUUUAUGGAGCCAACAGUGUAUUAAACACUUUGUAUUUUAUUCUAG